AACGGGUCACUACAAUAUUAACCAUUCUCAUCAUUUGGGAAAAGGCGACGACGUCUAAUGGCCAAUGUCGUCAUCCCACCUCCCACGAGCGCAGGCUCUGGUUGGAUACCGGACCUGUCGAUCACGGGCUCUCCCAAGUUCGGUUGCCCAGCAGCGUUUCUGAUGCCCAAUUUUAUGGACGAAGAGGAGUAGUCCCAAAAACCAGAUCAUAGGCAACAGCCGAAGCGUUUAAAAAUUGUGGAAGACUAGAAGAGGAGUAUAUAGAUGACAUGGGCAAGGGAGAAUAGCCUCUGCCUGUGCUUUACUAGAGUAUAGCAUUUCUUUAAUAUUAUGUAUUAUUAUUUAUAAUAUUAUAAAUAUCUCCAUAUUCUGCGACACCUUGCAUUGAGCAAGGGUUCAUUUCGACAUGAUGCGCCAUGUAAGGGCAGAGGAGGACGAUGUUAUUACGGUGUAAUAACGAAGAAGAGCUCACGAAUGGAAUAACACUGCUAGCCAGUGCAUCGCAGAUAGCAACAUUGUAGCGUUCAUCCAUACUGCAUCUCUCCUGAAUGUGGAUGUUAAUUGUUUCGCGAGAGCUUGCGUUUCGCUUGCACCGGGAACGCUGACCUGUUCGGGAGCAUUUCGGUCAAAUGCAGCGACUGAGAGAGCAGCAGUACCGACGAUUGGGGCACGUGAAGGUGCACAUGGACCUCUGAGAGGAAUCCCGUGGAUCUCGAAACGAACCGGCACAUUUAACGUUUCAUGUUUAGUCUAGGCCUCCUCCUCUCACCUGGCACCCAGCGCGCUGUUCUGUUCUCAACGCAGGUAUUUUGUUGAUAGCGUUUUAUAUUUCUCAACUGGGUCUUUAAAUUAGCCAGAAUAGGUUAUGAGGAUGAUGCGAGUUGAUAUCGAAUCACUUCGCUGGGGAAUAUAGGAAAGCGGUCCAUCUGAUCCAUUAUCAUUAGCCAAAUGACUUCUCCAGAUUACGGUUUCAUCAGUGUUUAACGAAUAGGAACGGAACGCGUGGAGUUCAGAUAUGACAGUUGGUUAUUACGGAGUAAGGUGGAUCAGGCCAUUUCUACAGUGCCACAUGAUAAACAGAGAGCACACGAGAGCAACCCUAUAAUGCUACGUACGACGCGCGGGUGUUGAUUUGGAUAGAUCAAACCCUCUAGUCUAUUUGGAAAUGCGCAUGUACAAUCUAGAACUGUGACUCGCUCUGUUUAGUGUUUACUAUGUCAUGGAAACUCACUGCACGCUGUCGUGGGAGCGAAAGUAGUAGGAUACUUAUUUAGCCGUGAAUUGGCUGCCUUUAGAAUAGAAACACGUCUAUUUGACAAUUGUACGUUUUCUGAAUGUUUUUCUGUGGAAAGCCGCUCAGCUGUGCCCUCGAAUUCGCCUUAAUCUGGGGCAUGAUCCUCGUGUGAGAAAUCGUUGAAAUAAUCAGCGUCGGGGUGUCAACGAGGCUAGAGCGAGUAGGAGAUUUGGCUAGAUUAUCGCUGGACUGCUAUUUUGUUCCCUUGGUCGAACACUGACCGAACCGUGGCUUCUGAUCUGCCGCCUUUUCCCUGCCCAAACUGCCACCGCAGAGCGCCUGGAAUGCGACUUGGGGACCCUUUCUUCGUUUUUUCUAGGAGUUUGUCUCCGUGGACAACGGUUCUCUUGCAGAGUAAGAACGCAAAUAAUAGCUCAUUUACAAUUGAUACAGUUAGUCUAUAGCAAUGAUAUGAAGCGAGCCUGGAGCGCUAUUUUACGGUCAAAUUUGGAGCAUCAGAGAAUGCGUUUUUUUCAUUUAGAACUCAACUAAAUUCACUGUUGGCUUUAGUGUCGGAAAAUGGAUACACCACAGAUGGACUAGGGGACUAACACCUCGAUCGCAUCCAAGGAGUACCGGUUAGACACGAUUACUUCAGUAACCUACUCCUCCAGAACCGCGGACGGUUAGUUCGGUUGACGAGCAUCACGCAUUCUCCCCAUUCUGCAGCCGGUAAACGGAUGAUGUUUGAGCGAGGAUGCUGCGCUUCCCCGUGAAGAAAAUUCGGAAGCAGUUCAAACUCCUUCUGCUGCUUGUGCUGCUCACCUUUGCCGUGUGGUUCACCUACCUCCACAUCAAUCAGGGCAAAGCUAUCAAACUCCACUUCAACUACGGCAAAGAUGGGGAGAGGCAGUUGGAGGGGACAGACGCCAGCCGCAAGAGGGACGCUCGCUCCUCAGCCGGCCACCACAAGACAGAGGACACUAGCGACAGUCACGAGGACGAUGCUCGGGAGGAUGAGUCCAAUGCUGUUGGAGCUGACCCCAGAGACCAUGCCCACAUCAGGAAGUUUCUCAGCCAGCGCCACAAGAAGUUGCCAUGGAAACCUGAGUUCAAAGGGCAGGCCAACCUCCACGUGUUUGAGGACUGGUGUGGCUCGUCUGUAGCCCAGCUCCGAAAGAACCUGCACUUCCCUCUAUAUCCCCAUACGAGAACUACGGUGAAGAAGCUGGCUGUGGCUCCAAAAUGGAAGAACUACGGCCUCCGAAUAUUUGGUUUCAUUCAUCCAUACAGAGAUGGUGAUUUCCAGUUUUCGGUGUCGUCAGAUGAUAACUCUGAGUUCUGGGUGAGUCCUGACGAGAGCCCUCUCAAUGCCAGACUACUGGUCUACGUUGGACAGCUGGGGACUGAGUGGACUGCUCCAGGGGAGUUCAGCAAGUUCAGGUCCCAGUCCUCAAAGUCUGUGCACCUUAUCUCAUCCAGACGGUACUACUUUGAGAUCCUUCACAAGCAGGAUGACAAGGGGUCAGACCACGUGGAGGUUGGGUGGCGUCCAUUCCUGCCAGGUCUGAAGUAUGAGGUCAUCGAUUCUGCCUACAUUUCCCUCUACACAGAUGAAUCCAGUCUGAAGAUGAACAGUGUGGACCACAUCCCUCAGACCCUGGCCAGUCACAGUAGACCAUCAUCAGUAGAGGAACAGUCACAAGAGCACAGUCACUUCAGCAGCCAGCACGGAGCAGACAUGCUCAAACCAGACCCCCGAGACACUUUCUAUAGCACCCCUAUGAUCCAGGCAUCUCGUCUGGAGAACGUGCUGCCAGCCUGUCUCUACUCCCCUACCUACGUCGUCAAAGACUUCCCCAUAGCCAGAUACCAGGGCCUACAGUUUGUGUACCUGUCCUUCAUUUAUCCCAAUGACUUUACACGUCUGACACACAUGGAGAGAGAGAACAAGUGUUUCUACAGGGAGUCGCCCAUCUACUUGGAGAAGUUUGGCUUCUACAAGUACAUGAAGAUAGACGAGGAGGACGAUGAUAGACCCUUCUUCUUCCCUAACCCAGACGAUUUCCCGGAAGAGGAGGAAGGGGUGGACCCGGAAGAUGAGGCCGAGAUCGUAGGUACCCAAUCACCAAAUAGGACUGCGCCGCCUAGCCUAUCAGCUAAGAGGACCUCCCACCCCAGCCUAUCCAUCCACACCUCCAGACCCACCCUUGAAGAAAGAGAGGGGGAGGAGGAGAACAGUAUUGUGGUCCGUAGAGAGAAAAAACAAUUCCUCAAGAGUGAUGGACAGACAGACAGAGAGUGGGACAAGGACGGGCCGAGGAGAAGAGGGGGACAGACCUCCAGGAGGGGACUUCUAGAGAGACCCGAGGCAGAGAGCGAGGAGCUGCACCCGCAGUCGGACAACGUGGUCCACGGUCGCUCCCUCUCCUGGAUCAGGACUGGUCCCUCUGAGCUAGGACCCGGGGGGCCGGGCAGGAAGGGAGGAGGAGGAGGGGGUGCAGGAGAGGAGACCCCUCCCAAACUGAGCAAGUCGUCCCUGCUCUUCCCCCAGAAGACCUCUCUCUCGGCCCUUGCCAGCCGUGCCAAGCAGAUCCUUAGUAACUCCGCCCCCGGCAACAACGCCGCCAACGCCCGUCUCCAUGAUAACGCUGCCCGUAACCAUGGUAAUGACAAAAACGCUGCUGCCGCCGCCGGCAACAUCAACAAUAGGGAAAAGAAGGAUGAAAACAAGAUCUACAUCACCAGGCCACGGCCGGUCAAAGAAAGGGAGCGAGAGAAGGAGGAGAGGAGAGCGGAGAGGGAGAGGGGCAGGGGUCUGGGGUCGCGUCAUCCGAGAGAGGUCUUUCCUGGGGUGUUUCUGUACCAGAGUGGAAAGACCACCAGACUGGUCAACCUCCAGAGCACUCGAUCCAGGGGGAGAGGGGGAGCGGGGAGCAGGGGGCUCGUCACUGCCCCCCAACUCUGGCCCAAACCCCCACUAAGAGACGGCAAAGCUCCCCCACGUGGCACUAAUGCUAGUGUUAGCAGACAAGGCGCAGUUCACCAGGCAGCCAGCAGGGUGGCGGUAGUGAGGCUCCGAGACAGAGAGAGGAGGAGAGUUAGAGGAGGGGGAAGGGAGCCCCAAAUACCCUCAGAAAGAGAGGCUGCCGCAGACGCCACCUUACCCAGUAAAAGAGGCACCCCAUUGCCCCAGCACCUCCAGCCCCCGCCACCUCAUUCACCCACUCCCCCCAACUCUUUGGAGAAUCCCCAAACUAUCGAGAGCAGGGUUGAAAGCAGGCUAGAAACCAGGGUCACCUCAUACCUCAAAACCUCUGAGAUCACUGAGUCACAGCAAAAGCAACCCGACCCAGACCAAGAACCCUCAGAACCCGAACCAGACCCUGAUCCAAUCCGCUCGAACGCUGACCCAGACCCAGAACCAGAGGAGGGUGGGGUGUCCGACUACAGUUACGAGGCUGAAGAGGCGCGUCCAGGCUGGGCUGAGGAGAGCAUCAACUGGCAGAGAACGUUUUCAGUCAACCCCAUGGACUUUGAGCUGCUGCGUUCCGACUGGAAUGACCUGCGCUGCAACGUGUCUGGGAACCUGCAGCUGGCCGAGAGCGAGGUGGUGGAUGUGCUGGCACAGUACAUGGAGAAGCUCAACGAGCGCAACGGAGGUAUUUACACCCUUUUGCGGAUCAUCAAUGUGGAGAAGAGGCGAGACUCAGCCCGGGGAAACCGCUACCUGGUGGAACUGGAGCUGAUGGAGCGCGGUCGGAACGUGGUGCGCCUCUCAGAAUACAUCUACCUUCUCCUCCACCGUGGCCGGUUGGGAGGAGACAGCCUGGAGAACACGGAGUUCAUCCCCGCCUCGGCCCCUGCUGGGUCCCCACCUGGUCUCAUCCUCAGCACCCCCGCACCCCCAACCUCCACACACACCCCUGCCCAGCCCGGGGCCACCCCGUGGGGCACGGCCUACGCCAACCCCCUGCUGUGUCAGCCGGUCAUGCUGCAGUGGCGGAAGGAUGUGAUGGUGCAUUUUGUGGUGCCAGUGAAGAACCAGGCUCGCUGGGUGCAGCAGUUCAUCACAGACAUGGAGGAGCUGCACCGUCAGACUAAGGACGACAACUUCAGCAUCAUCAUUGUCGACUUCGAGAGCACCGACAUGGACGUGGAGCAGGCCCUCCGAGAGAGCACUGUGCCGAGGUAUGAGUACUUGAGAAGAGAAGGGAACUUUGAGCGCUCAGCGGGACUACAGAUCGGAGUGGACACUAUCGAGGACAACCACAGUAUAGCGUUCCUGUGUGACCUUCACAUCCACUUCCCCCUCAACAUCCUGGAGAGCAUCAGGAAGCACUGUGUAGAGGGACGUCUGGCCUUCGCCCCUAUCGUCAUGAGACUGGGCUGUGGCAGCUCCCCGCUAGAGCCUGAUGGCUACUGGGAGGUGAAUGGCUUUGGGCUGUUUGGGAUUUAUAAGUCGGACUUUGAUAAGAUCGGAGGGAUGAACACAGAGGAGUUUAAAGACCGCUGGGGAGGAGAGGACUGGGAACUACUGGACAGGGUACUACAGAACGGUCUCGAGGUGGAGAGACUGAGACUGAGGAACUUCUUCCACUACUACCACUCCAAAAGGGGCAUGUGGAAUGCUCAGAACAAGAAAACCCCCAAGGGAGGGGGUUAGCUAACGCCCCCACCCCCCCAAAACACAUGGCCUAUACCUGCAGCUCCACUGUGUGUGAGGAGAGACCCUGAAUAAGCUUACUUACUGCCUGACUUUGCCUUUUUUAGAUAGGCACUUUUCAGGGAUGCCCAUCCCAGCUUCUCUGAGGAACAUCUUUUCCCUGAGGAUGUUUUUUCCGUCAAUGGAGGACAUUGAGAGGGAAAACCGAGGGAAUCUGUUUUUUAUGUUGGUGUUGACGUCUACCCGGAUAGACUUGACCUUUCGCCUCACUAACAGAACUCGACGUAGAGGCGAUGUCUUUUUCUUUUUUGGUGCAAUGUUACCUGACAGACUAAAAAAUGACGUUUAUUUUGUAUUUUGUUUGUUUUGUUCAGAGGAAGCAUAUUUUAUUUUCUAGCGAGACAUUUGUAAAGACAACCUAAGAUUUUCUACAAAAACAUCCAUGUGAGGAGAUGUCUGAGGAACGUUAAGAAGGACUUUGUGUUGAUGACAGUAUGUUUGUUUAUUUGUUUGUGUUCAGGUACGUGCGAACAGUUGUCGUUCCCGGAAACGUGUUCCGUCACUCGGGUGUCAAAUUUCAGAUAUUAGCACUGCAAACGACAUGUCUGGGUGUUGAAAGUAACAGUGUGUAGUGGGUCUACCUGAUGUGCUUCUUCAUAUAAACCUAACCGGGGUGCUUCAUAUGUACUAUAGAGGCCUAUGAUGCGGUAUGUGCAGCUUUCCCAAAUGUCCUGCUUAUUUACUCCUGAUUACGGAUAUCUUUUAACAUCUUCCAACCUGGGAAUUUUGGGAAAGUUAACCCUAAAUUGUUGCAUAUUAAAUAUAAGCUCUGUUAUGUGUACAGUUCUAUGGGAGGAGGACACAGACACUGGACCGUAUGGGGUGGGGGAUCCACAGUGAGGCAUCAGAUUUAUCAAAGUGCUUCGCAAAACGUACUUCGUUUCACAGUCUAUCCUGCUUUCUUUUGGUCUGUCUUUCUCUCUCUUUUGUUUUUGUUUUUGAUUUUCUUAUCUAUUGCUCUCUUUCUCUACAAUCUCUCUCUCUCUCUCUCUCGCUUUCGCUUUCGCUAUCUCUCUCUGUUUCUCUCUCUCUUUUCUGUUAUCGACAUGGAUUCCCUGGGUCUUUCCUAACAUUGUGCGUUGCCUCACUGCUGUUUUGUUGGAAGAGUUUUAGGGGAGAGUGGAGUAAGUUGAGUCAAAGGGGUAAGUUGAGCCACCCUUGUUUCUAGGAAACCAUACACCAAAUUAAUAAUUUGACCUAACAUUUAGGAAGAGGUCAUCACUUCAUGGAGUCUAUAAGAAGUAAGAAACCACAUCGAAAAAGUGGUAAGCAAUUAGGCCAAAAUAAAUUGUUUUCACCAUGUCAAAUGAAUUCAUUGUGUUAGAGGUUUCAUGAUGCUUGUAUUUAAACCAAUGUAGAUCAUUUUAAGAUUGUUAAAUCAUUUGGGGUCUAUAUACGCUUCAAUAUGAGAUCCUAAACCUAGCAAGUGCAUCAUUGUAGCUGUGUGGGCUAAUAUAGUCAAAAUGUUUGCUUUGGGGUAAGUUCAGCCAUUGGCAAAUUGAAGUGCUUUCUUCCCAGCCAUAAUUCAAGGCAUUAUCACUGGGAUAUGAGGUAACAACAGGGCCUGGCCUAUGUUAAAUGUUUUUUUUUUUUAAGUACAACGUGUCUGUUAGGUGUUAACUUAAGCUUGUAUUAAAAGAUGCUUAAAAUUAUUUAAAGGCAGAAAAGUGAUUGUGUUGAAUUGUGUUUGGGAAAUAAAGAUAGACAUAGUUUUAAAAAUGUAUUAGUAAUAUUUAAAUCAUUGCAAAAAUGUGUAGGUGGCCUAAACUUACCCUGUCCUGUGGCUCAACUUGCCCGAUACCUGGGGUAAGUUGUGCCAAGAGACCACUUUUUUUUGGACAAGCUAUGUUUUCAUAACUGUAAUGUUUGCGUGAAUUCUGCUUAUUUCCAGGAUUACACAACAUCCUGAAAUGUAUGUAGAUAUCUUUGUUAGAAAGAAUGCUAUAUUUUCCUUCACGGAGUGAUGCAGAAUGUAAAGAAAGGCUCAACUUACCCCACUCUCCCCUUACUAUUUACAGAUGAUAUUGUGCUGUGUUCAUGGUCAGGCUAGCCAACACUAAUGAAUUACUUGACAUAUUACUUGAUACAUUUUAUUAAAAUAUUCCAGGUUGAUCUACUAUCCCCUACAGAGGUAUUUCACAAAACAGAUGCCUACCUAUCUCAGGUCACAGUGAGUGGGUUGAAUAAAGGCACUAAUAUUAGGUUUGGGUGUACUAUUAUUUCUCUCAGACACUGAAUCGGCACAUGGUUUAUCCCCUGAUCGCUCGUUGAUCCUGCUGAUGGUACGCUCCAUUCCCCCAGAGUUCUCUGAAAAACUCUCAGACAUAACUGGAACGAACCAAGAAGUGCACUGGGAAGGGAACAGUGAACUGUGAGUGAUAAGUGGUAGACUUUGAAACUUUAAUUUAAUUUUUAUUUUUUUAUUUUACAUAAGGCCUGUGAUGUUUUAAACAUAUGCUGAGCUGAACUUGGUUAAUCAAAGUAUGACUGGGUUUCGGGAUGAAGCUUCAUAUUUCUUUAGCUACAUAAGAAUACUAAACAGAGAAACGCACACAGAGACAGAAGGAGUUACUCAGAGCACUGGAGCUCUUCCCUGAAGAUGUGGAUCUACAUAAAGUCAAACAGAUUUUAUUUGAGUGAGAUUUGGUAGUGCAAGGCCAUUUUACAAUGUGUGCCUUUUUAUCCUGGGUUUGGUGGGAAUCUAUAGUUUAGGUAGUGAAGAGGGGAGAAGCAGGGGAAUCAAGAGAAUACCAGGGGGCUUUUUCAAGAGGGGUGACGUUACAGAAGUGUCAGAUAGAAAUACAUUUUGUAGAGCAAAAAGGAUGUCCUGUCAGGUAGAAUGAUGGAAUCGUGUCAGUUCUGUACACUACUUUUCUAUCUGGAACGUUCUAUAAAUGUUACAUCCUACUCAAAAAGCUUGAUACACUGAACAAACAAGUUCCAGGAUACAGAGAGGAUUAGAGAGAGAGAGGGGGAGAAAGAACGAGGGAUUGUGUGAGAGAGAGAGAA